UUGAAGGGUCGGAGCGGUCAAUUUUAAUGGCGACGGCGUUACGGCUUCCGAUCAUCGAUCUCUCUUCGCCGGACAAAAUCUCCAACUCCCAAUCUAUUCGCCAGGCCUGUCUGGAGCACGGUUUCUUCUAUGUCAAGAAUCAUGGCAUUGAUGAAGAGUUGAUGGAAAUGGUUUUCAGUGAGAGCAAUAAAUUCUUCUGUCUCCCUUUGGAAGAGAAGAUUUUGCUGCUUCGCCGUGACCUUUUAGGCUAUACACCGUUGUAUGCUGAGAAACUCGACCCAUCUUCGAGUUCCAAAGGCGAUUCCAAGGAAAGCUUCUAUUUUGGUUCUUUAGAAGGCACGUUAGCUCAACGCCACCCAAAUCAAUGGCCUUCUGAAGAUCUCUUGCCAUUGUGGAGGCAAACCAUGGAAUGUUACUACAAGAAUGUCCUGUCUGUUGGUAGGAAAUUGCUUUGCUUAAUUGCUUUGGCAUUGAAUUUGGAUGAAAACUUCUUCAAACAAGUCGGAGCCUUGAAUGAACCAGCAGCAGUUGUUCGCCUUUUACAUUAUCCCGGAGAACUGAAUUUGGCGAAUGAGGAAACGUAUGGUGCGUCUGCUCACUCGGAUUAUGGGAUGAUAACUCUUCUUGCCACCGAUGGAGUUCCUGGACUUCAGGUUUGUAGGGAUAAGUCGAAACGACCUCGCGUAUGGGAGGAUGUCCCUGGAAUUAACGGGGCAUUUGUAGUAAACAUUGGCGACAUGAUGGAGAGAUGGACUAAUGGACUUUUCAGGUCGACAUUGCAUAGAGUGAUGCCAGUGGGAAAGGAACGAUACUCGGUGAGAUAUAGUUUUGAGUAAUGGGUCCAGAAAGGGUGGUGUUGUUCUUAGAUCCCAAUCCCGAUUGUCUUGUGGAAUGCUUGAAGAGUUGCUGCAGCGAAACUUGUCCGCCCAGGUAACGGUGGC